GAGUUCAGUUCCAGAGAUGGCCGACAGAAAGAGCAGCAGCAGCGGAGGGGUCAGCUCCCGCCUGAGCGUCAGGAGGAAAGAGAGAGCGGAGAAUGAGGCCAAGAAAGAGGAGAAAACCCCAAAAGAAGAAGAGAAGGCCGAGGUGAACGGGACAGGCGCUCCGUCCGAGAACGGGGAGCCCGGGGCCCCUGAAGGAGCCACGGCCAACGGAGAGAACGCAGAGAAACCGGAGCCCAUGGAGCUGCCUCCCUUUGAGAUCAUCACCGGGGAUCGCAUGGACCCGUUUUUCUACAAGUUCCAGUACAAGAACGUGGAGUACUCCUCCGGCCGGAACAAAACCUUCUUGUGUUACCUGGUGGACCAGGGGCCCGGGGCCAGCGGGCUCCUGCGGGGCUUCAUCGAGGACGAGCACGCGAGCGCUCACGCCGAGGAGGCCUUCUUCCAGCAGGUCCUGCCCAGCUACGACCCGGCCCUCAAGUACACCGUCACCUGGUACAUGUCGUCCAGCCCCUGCGCCUCCUGCGCCCUGAAGCUGGCCGAGGUCCUGAGGGCCCGCAAGAGCGUGCGUCUGUCCAUCUUCUCGGCGCGGCUCUUCGAGUGGGAGGAGCCUGAGAUCAGGGCGGGGCUGAAGGCGCUGGCGGCCGCCGGCUGCAAGCUGCGCAUGAUGAAGCCGCUGGACUUCACCUACACCUGGGACACCUUCGUGGAGAACGACGAGCAGACGUUCACGCCGUGGGAGGACUGCCAGGAGAACUACGAGUACUACCAAGACAAACUGGCCGACAUCCUGCAGUGACGAGAAAGAAGCGAGAGCCGACGAACACUUGUCCGAAAGCCAAGAGAAUGUGUGCGUUUGAGUGAACGAGAGAGAAAUGUUUUUACAUUCUUUACAUCCAGAUUCGUUGUGUUCGGGAAUCCUCACAGAUUCAUUCAGUACUUCCAUGUUUUCUGUAUUCCUGUGAAGAAAAGAGGAUUUGUACUUUUAAUAAUUGGUUCUAUGUCUGAAUGUGGUUUCUCUUUAGGUGUGACACCUUUCUUAUUUCGUGCAGUUUUAUAUUCUGAACGUCAGCUUCACGUUAUUUAUCGUUUUAUAUUCACGCUGGUCAGAGCACAAACCCUCACUUCAUUUAAACUGAAAAUAAUGGUGCAGCCGUUUAUGAAAUUGCAAAUAUUGUGCAAGCAAUAAAUAAAUAAAAACAUUACUCUGGGAGCUACUUUCACAGUUUUGGAAAACAAAUAAAACUGUAUUGUUUUGGA